GCCCCUCUCCCAGGGCCGGUUCCUCCCGGCGCGUCUUCCGGGUGGGGCCCCGGCCCUGGCGAUGGCGCCCUGGGCGCUCCUCAGCCCUGGGGUCCUGGUGCGAACCGGCCACACCGUGCUGACCUGGGGGAUCACGCUGGUGCUUUUCCUGCACGAUACCGAGCUGCGGCAAUGGGAAGAGCAGGGGGAGCUGCUCCUGCCCCUUACCUUCCURUUCCUGGUGCUGGGCUCCCUGCUGCUCUACCUGGCUGUGUCGCUUAUGGAUCCUGGCUAUGUGAAUACUCAGCCCCAGCCCCAGGAGCCCAAGGAGGAACAGACAGCCAUGGUUCCACAGGGGAUUGCCCUUCGACGCUGCAGAUACUGCCUGGUGCUGCAGCCCCUGCGGGCCCGACACUGUCGUGAUUGUCGCCGCUGCGUCCGCCGCUAUGACCAUCACUGUCCCUGGAUGGAGAACUGUGUGGGGGAACGCAAUCACCCGCUCUUCGUGGCCUACCUGGCACUGCAGCUGGUGGUUCUUCUGUGGGGCCUGUACCUGGCAUGCCAGGGCUCCCUGGUCCCUGUCCCUGUCCUGCAGGUCUGGCCUCCAGUUCUUCCAGCCCUGGGGGCUGUGGCUGCGGUCCAGGGGCCUUCUGUUUGCCACCUUCCUGCUGCUGUCCUUCUUCUCACUGGUGGCUGGCCUACUCCUGGCCUCACACCUCUAUCUGGUGGCCAGCAACACCACCACCUGGGAGUUCAUCUCCUCACACCGUAUUGCCUACCUCCGCCAGCGCACCAGCAACCCUUUCAACCGUGGCCUGACCCGCAACCUGGCCCAUUUCUUCUGUGGAUGGCCCUCAGGGUCCUGGGAGACCCUCUGGGCUGAGGAGGAAGUGGAGGAGGGCAGCAGCCAGGCUGUUUAGGUUUGCUGGAGGCAGAGCUGCCAC